AUGGGGGUGCUUCAGAAUGUUGUCCGAGGCCUUGUUCGUGGUUCAGACAGAAUGGCUGAGAUCACCAGUAAAAUGGGACCAAAGUCCUUCAACAGAGGACGAGGAACCAAGAUGGUGGGGUACCUGACCUCCAACCGCAAGUUUGUCAAGGUGAAGGAGAUGGUGCCACAGUUGAUAGUCCCUGAUCUGACUGGGUUUAAGUUGAGGCCGUACGUCUCCUACAAGGCUUCUGAAGGAGAGGAAGAGGAAAUGACGGCCGAAAAGCUGUUUAUGGAAACUGUAGCUCCAGCCAUACAGAAGGACCUUGAAAAGGGAACCUUUGAUGCUAAUAAUCUAGAAAAAUAUGGAUUGGAGUCCACACAGGAGGGCAAACUAUUCAAGUUGUAUCCAAAGAAUUAUGUUCAAUAG